AAUAAUGAGGUUAUGAAAAAUGUAUGUCCGGUCGUUUGUUCUUCUUCUGCUUUAGGAAAUUUCUAUUUUGUAUUCAAUACAUUUAAUGUGUAAAAACCAAUAGACGCUUUAUCUAUUGAAAUUCUGCUUACUAUAUUUAACGUAUAGAAUUGUUUCAAACAUACAUUAUUUCUUGCUUUAUUGUUUAGAAGCAAUCAUUUCGAAGAAUACUACCCCUAACCUAAAUCUAGUGUAAUUUUUCAUAAACCAAUUUUGCUUAUUUUUGAGGUUUUCUAUUAGUUGAAAGUGGUGUAGAGCAUGUCUAACGCCGCAGCUAGACUGAAAUCUGUUAAAAAAGGAGUUAUCGACAAGAUUAACCAUGGCAAAUUGUCUACAAAUAUUCCUGCAGGCCUUGCAGCUGCAGGUCCCCCAUUGGGGCCGAUGUUAGGGCAGAGAGGAGUAAAUAUAGCAGCCUUCUGCAAGGAGUUUAAUGAACGAACCAAAGAUAUGAAGGAGGGCAUUCCAUUACCUACUCGAAUGUCGGUGAAUUCUGACCGAACUUUUAAUUUAGUCAUAUACAAGCCCCCAGUGGUACACUUCUUAAAGCAGGCCGCAGGGAUACAGAGAGGUGCGAUGCUGGGCAAAGAAAUAGCAGGAAAGGUGACCUUAAAGCACGUUUACGAAAUUGCAAAAAUUAAAUCAGAGGACCCAACAAUGCAGUUAUUAUCUUUACAAGAUAUUUGCAGAAUGAUUAUUGGAAUUGCCAGGUCAUGUGGAAUAGAAGUUGUAAAGAAACUAGAUGCUGCUGAAUAUGGAGAGUUUCUGCAAGAAAGGGCCAUUAUAGUUGAACAGCAAAAGAAGGAACUGCAAGAAGCGAAGGAGGCCAAACUACUGCGGUCAGCAUAAUUUUUUGAAUAAACUACCUAGUUAGUUCCAAAAUAAAACAAUUUAUCGUGACACAAUAUGAGGGAGAGCUCAGCAAGUAAGUGCAUAAACAUUUAUGUGUUUGUUUAAAUUUGCGAUAGAAUAAACAUUGCCAAAUAUGUAUACUAUAUCAUACUAUAUAUUAUUAUGCGGCACCAUGCCGCUAAAACUGUUGCAAAUUAUGCAAUUAACGCUGAAAAUAUGUUUAUAUAAUUGAAAAUAUGCACCUAUUUCGAACUGUUAGACGUUAUUUGUAGUAUUUUUGCUAGUAGUAUUGAAGGACUAAUAAACAUUAAUGUAGA